AUAACUAUUUCAUCAAUGGUAUACAUAAUAAAUGAAUUGAUAUAUAAUAGAAAGUCUUUACCAAUAUAUAUGAAAAAUAUACAUUUCGUCUUAAUGCCAAUUGUAAAUCCUGAUGGGUACACAUAUUCAUAUGAAAAUGAUAGGCUAUGGAGGAAAAAUCGUGUUGAAACAUAUAACAAAAAUUGUAUAGGAAUAGAUUUGAACCGUAAUUGGAAUUAUGAUUGGUACAGUAUAAACUCAGAUGAAAACUAUUGCUCAGAAAAUUACCAAGGAACAGCUCCGAAUUCAGAAUUAGAAAUAAAAGCAAUCAUUCAGUUUAUUAAUAAAAAUUUAGCUAAAAUAAAGGGAUUUAUAACAUUACAUUCAUACGGACAAGCAAUUGUAUUUCCUUGGGCAUACACUAAAGAUCAUUUAAAAAUAGACUAUGAUAAACAUCAAAACAUAGCUACAUCCAUGUCAUUAAAAAUAUUUGAAAAAACUUCAAACACUUAUACUGUUGGUCCAGCAAGUACAGUGUUAUAUAAAGCAUCAGGAACAUCAAUGGAUUGGAUGAAAGGUAUAGCAAAUAUAAGAUAUGUAUUUACAUUGGAAUUAAGAGAUACUGGUAUCAAUGGUUUUAAUUUGCCUACUAGUGAAAUAAUACCAUCUGGUCAAGAAGCAUUUUGUGCUGUUUCUGUGCUAGCUAAAGUUGUUGAAUCUGAUUACCAAUCAAAAAGUACAUUAUGUAGAUCUAAACAUUUUUUGUUUAGUAUAAUGUUAACAAUAUAUUAUUUCAAUUAA